CCUUUUCGUUUAGAACAUUGCGACUUUUCCCCCUCCUUUUGGGGGACUAAGAGGGGGAAAGUCCAGUGUUGCUCUUUGUCCGUGAGUAGUAAGUCACUACGCUGACGUCAAAGAAUCAUAGAAAAACGCCCUACAACUCAAGAGAGGAAAGGAUGCAUCGACUUUACGUCCUGACUUGGACUCUGUUUCAUUGACAAUCCUCUUCUGAGCAUAACACAGGAUGCCCUACCACUGCGUGGCAUACGGAUGUGGCAAAACUGCAGAAGAUGGUGUGACAUUGUUUAAAUUCCCAAAGGACCUCGAGGAGUUUCGCAAAUGGGAGAAGCAGGUCCAGCGCACCCGCGCCCAGUGGGUAGCCACACCCAACUCUCACCUCUGCAGCGAGCAUUUUGGCAAGGAGUACUUUGAGCCCAGACCACCCACAGGGGCUCUGAAGCUGAGGCCGGGAGCUGCUCCUACAGUGUUUGUCCGUCCACUCUGUUCCUCCUGCAGUGGAGUUGGCUGUAGUAACUGCCUGCCUGCUAUCCAACGCCGGGGCAUUACAGCUGAGCCAAAAGAGCGUAACAUUAAUGCCGAACACAUUGAAUUGGCACCCAUUCAGUCUAAUGAUACUGAUGCAGGAGGUGACAAAGAACAUCUGACAGGAGGAGUGGUGAAGCCAGGAGAUAAAAACCGAGAAGAACGACCAGUGGUGUGUGAGAUGUGUGGCACCACCGGCAACAUUAGCACCUUCUUUUCGAAGAGCAAGCGUUUCUGCAGUAUAUCCUGCUCACGCUCUUAUUCAUCAAACUCCAAGAAGUCCUCCAUACUGGCACGUCUGCAGGGGAAGCCCCCCUCAAAAAAAGCUACAGUGCUGAACAAGGUGAACAAAGCCCCUCCAACCCCAACAGGACUGGAUGAAUCAGGCUUUGAGUGGGGCGCUUACUUGGAGAGGGAAGCAUCCCUGGCUGCGUCUGUCUCCUGCUUCAGACAUGCUCCACUGUGUGCCCAGUGGGACGACAUCACCGUAGGGAUGAAGGUGGAGGUCCUGAACACUAACGCUGUCCUGCCCAGUAAAGUCUACUGGAUCGCUACUGUUAUCCAGAUUGCAGGAUAUAAAGCACUGUUGAGAUAUGAAGGCUUUGAGCGCGACAGCGGCCAUGAUUUCUGGUGCAGCCUCGUUUCAGGAGAGCUGAAGCCUAUUGGAUGGUGUGCCAUGACGAGCAAGCUGCUGGUGCCACCACAAGAUGUGAAGCAGAACAUAUCAGAUUGGAAAGAGUAUCUGAUGAAAAAGCUGGUGGGCGCCAACACUCUACCUGUUGAUUUCUACUUGAAGCUGACAGAGGACUUGAGGACCUCUUUCAGAAUAGGCAUGCGUGUGGAGGUGGUGGACCCCAAACAUGUGAGCCGGACCCGCGUGGCCAUUAUAGACUCCAUUAUUGGUGGCCGUCUCCAGCUGGUGUACGCAGACCAAAGCGACGCCCCCGAGAACGCCGUCUCUGAUUUCUGGUGCCACAUGUGGAGUCCCCUCCUGCACCCGUUGGGCUGGUCCAGCAAAGUGGGUCAUGCCAUUAAGGCACCCGCAAACAGUGUGGAAGCUGGUGCCAGCGGUUUGAGGGGUAACUCUGACAGUACAUUCCAGCUAUUCAAAAAGCCCAGGAUCGUCUAUAUGGAAGGAAGUUUCUUUGAAGAAGGAAUGAAGCUUGAGGCCAUUGACCCUCUCAACCUGGGAAACAUCUGUGUGGCCACUGUACACAAGGUGCUGUUAGAUGGCUACCUGAUGGUUGGUAUUGAUUGCACCACAUCUAGCAAUGGCUCUGACUGGUUUUGUUACCACGCAUCCUCUCAUGCCAUCCUUCCUGUGGACUUCUGUAAAAAGAACAACAUCCCUCUCACUGUACCUCAAGGUUAUGACUCUCAGACCUUCACCUGGGACAAAUACCUGAAGGAGACCAAAGCUAAAGCUGCACCGGCACGACUGUUCACCACUGACUAUCCAGGUCACAGCUUCUCCGCCAACAUGAAGCUGGAGGCAGUGGACCUGAUGGAGCCACGCCUGGUGUGUGUCGCCACUGUGAAGCACUGUGUGGGCCGCCUGCUGCUCAUCCACUUCGACGGCUGGGAGGAUGAGUUUGACCAGUGGGUCGACCACCAGUCCCCAGACAUCUACCCCGUGGGCUGGUGCGAGCUCAUGGGCUACCAGCUCCAGCCGCCCCCUGGACUUGUAGAUUUAAUCACAAACCAGGUGGCACGGAACAAGAGACCCAAGUCCUUCAUAUACGGGAGAAAGAAAAAGAAGAAUGCAAAGAAGAGGCUGUCUGAUGAGCAAGCUAAAGAUGAUGCUGGUCAGCAGCCUGAGGUCACUGACAAUAAGAGUCCUCCGGGGGUGGUAGACCUCAGUCUUCCUCCAAAAGUGCCACUCAUCAAGACUGAGCCAGAGGAGCAGGAGAUCUUUGCAGUGCAAGUGAAAGUGGAGGAGGUGGAGAUGGAGACACCCAUUGAUCCUCCAGGCAACGCUCAACAAGUCUGUCUGCCCACAAUCAAACAGGAGGAGGGAGGGGGACAGAGUAAGUCAGGACAACAUGAGGUGCCAGAGCAGACCAGCUUGGAAAAUGCAGCACAUGAAAAGACAGAGAAAAAUAAAGCUGCAAAAGAUGGACUUGAAGAGCGGGGAUCAUUGGAAGAGAGCUUUACUGGUGAAAGCAACAUGGAGCAGAGUGAAAAUGAAAGACAAAUACCGGACCAAUUGGAGAGGAGCCAAGAAAAUGACAGUGCCGUGGAUGAAAUAUUGGAGAGCAGUAUGGAGCAGGAGAGGCUGGAGGAAUGGAGAGAUGAGACGGGGAUAUAGAACAGUUGAAAAGGUGGAGGUUCAAAGAGACUCAAAUGACUACAUGAUGGAGAAAAAUAAGGCCAAUGUGGCAUUAAAAGGACAGAGAGGAGACAGACAAAAGCAGGCUGGGAUGUAUUUUGAGCAAAUAGAAAAGGUAUAUUACUAGGGAGAGCUAGAACAUCUUUUAAGUCUGUUGGUUUAAAGUGAUAAUCCUUAAGAUUUCAGUCCUAGUUGAUUUGGUGACACCCGUGGUUACUGGUGGUAACAAGUUUGGUUGUAUACUACAGGCCCCACAAUUCCGGGGGCAACAAAAACUUCUUGAGCAGCUGCUUAUCUGCUGCUCAGAAAUAGAGCAGAAAAGCAACCGGUGUAUUUGUUCAGUGCACAGCCAAGCAAACCCACAUUGUUUUAAUAAAGAAGUCGACCAAGAGUAAUUUCAAUCGUGAUCUCAUUUCAUGCAGCAGCCGAGCACCAUGGAGUCGAUUACCUUACUGAGAAGCUGGCGUGCAGCCCGUCAGCUGCAAAUCUCCACAAUCUUUAAAAUCUGAUUGUUACUGUAGCUCCCCCUUCCUGUUCUGUUACUACUUGUAAUCUUUAAAACUGAUCUGCUCACAAAAAUGCCAACAAUUAUGGUCAGCACUAAGCUCAGUACACUCGUGUGUACUGUGAAAGGUGCUGUUUAAAGGGGUAAUUUUUAGGAUGUAAAUACACUGAAUGACUAUAACAGAAAAUCACAGACCUUAAAUAGUAUAAAAAACAAGGUUUGAUUCCAUGAAAUUAUUAAGGAUCACAGCUUUAAAUACUCGAUAUACCUUAAAAUCAUGACUGUCUAUACCAUAGUUCAUAAGCACCAGCUUAGCCAGUUUUAAAACUACCUCACUUUCGCCAUGUGUGCAGAUAACUUUUUGAGCUUAACUUCACUCAUGCUGAGUCUAACAUCAAAUUUUGAAAUAUGACUCUGAAGGUCUCUAUUUCAUUUUUGGGGUUGUAAUGACAUGCAGACAAAUAUUUUUUAUGUUUUAUUUUGUCCUGUUUUAUAUCCAGAUAUUCUUUUUUGUAAAU